AAGUGGAUAAAAUUUUCCCUACUAUUUUGUCCUAGAUUUCUUCAUGCUAGAUCGCCAUGAAAGGACCACAGCUGAGGCAGUGUGUGGAUGUAAUGGCAACUCCAUGCCAGAUGACUAUAUGAGGAAGGAAAGAAGAACAUCAAUAAAGGACCGUGUAUAUUUGAGACUGAUCUGCAAGGUUAUUUGAUUGGUGAAGGAUGCGCGAGCCCCUUGGAUGUCUUCUGGGACAGGAGUGGUGUGAUGUUUGUUGUAGAAAAAGUGCGACCAUGUGAAGCAAUCGACAAACUAGAAGAUCCGCAGACUGGUGGCACUUCUACUUUGGAGGCUUGCCCAAGUGAGAAUUCUUCACCAUUGGCUUUACCCAUUUCAAGAGCAAGGCAACUGAUUUCAUUCUAUACAAUGUCCCAAAAUCCAAACAUGAACUUAACACUGGUGUUACUUCCUCCACUUUGGGUGCGAUGUGAUCGGUCUGACCUGAAACAAACAAUAUGGCUAGGAGCUGAGCCUCUCAGCACUGGAAACAAGAUUAUAGGAAUCAAUCUUUAUACAGUUACUUGCAAAGGUCCAGUGUCAAAGAAAAAAUAUUCCGCAGACCUUGAAGAGCUGAAAGAGAUGCACAGAAUGAGACAUCACUCUUCCAAUUUGACAGUAAAGGGCUUUGCUCGUUACGAGUUUCUUGAUGCCACUCCACUGGACUCCCUCGCUCUGGAAGACACGCUCAUUUCCUUGGAGAGAAAUAUUUAUGUUGACUUUGCUUGGAACACGGUCACAAAGCUCCUGCAGACGCCUUCCCUCACUUCUGCUGCUACACUGUCUUGGAAUUUCCAGAAAGUGCAGAUGGCGUCUGGGAGCCCCCUGAGUUCUGUGUAUGAGCUGAGCCGGGAACUGGCGUUCCUCCUGCAUUUGGGUGAGAACUUGAAGACUGGCUUGACUGACUGGCCUAAACCUGUAGGAGGAAAACCAGCUGUUGAAUUAGUACAGAAACUUCUGGAAGAUUUAAAGGACGAGAUGGAUGGGUUGAAGACGCCGAACAAAAAUGAUAUUGAGAGUCCCCAGAGCACUGCAGCUGCCUUGCCCGGCUCCAUGAAAACCCUUUUCAGCAGGAGAGGAGACCUUGAUUUUGUGGAACUGCUGUGGUGCAAGAUGUGGGGCAAGGUCACUUCGUAUGCGGAGCUGGUAGAAUGUUUCUCACAGGUCAUGAAAGCCAUCCAGCACGGGGCAUUGCAAACUUGGGUUCAUCAAGGAAGUAGCAGCUUACUGAGCAAACUGAUCAAGCAGUCUUACUAUGGAAGCGUAGAUACCGUGCCUCUUAGGGGUGUGACUCCAGUACAGAUGCUUCUAGAAAUUGGUGUGGAUAAAAUGAAGAGGGAUUACGUCAGCUAUUUUGUAGGCAAAGAAUUUGCAAUACGCACCCACCUGGAUUACUUCAUGUCUACUUCUGUGGACCUACAGGAGCAGAUUCAUCGUGUCCAGAAACUCCAUCAUAUGCUGGAAAUUGUGGACAACUGCGUAGAACUACUUAAACUUGAGCAUGAGAGCCUCAUCUUCUUGACACAGUCCUGUAUCAACUACUACAAAGAAAACCCCCUGAAUGAGAAGCACGUGUUCCAGCUGCCAGUCAGGGCAACUCUUGUGAAGGAGUUUUACCAAAAUGCUCAUCCCCAAGUGUGGAGAGUCGAAAUCAGCAGCGGACGAGGCCAGGGGAAAGUCACCACAGCGUGGCAACUGAGCACCACUCCUCCAGCUGAGCACUUGUGCUCGAGCGGCGCAGAUAUCCUGGAUACAGAAGCUUGUGGCAGUAAAGAGGAAAUGUCAUUUGUUACCCUCCUUGAGUGCUCUCAGGUGCCUUUUGCAUAAAAAUGGAAGACUUGGCUCAGCACUUCUGGUGCCAGGUAACCCACUAAAAUUUACUAGUCAACCAGCACUGAAUUCACAACAAAUUUCUUCCUAACAAAGGCCCACCAGAAGAUGACAUUCCUGCCAAAUUAUUCAGAAAGAAUUGGACUUGUUGCUGUUAAACAUUUCAGUUUAUAAAUCUUACCAAAAGCAUGGCACAAGACUAGAGCACAAACAUCACAGUCCUCUGUCUUGAAAAAAGGAAAUUUUAUUAAA